CACCCUGGCGGCAACCAAAAAAGAAACUAGAGCUGCGUUUUUUCGCACAUAAAAAUCAAUCGGAAAUAAAUAAAACUUACUGUAAUUGCGUUAAUUAAAAGCAAUAUAUGCAAAAGCUGAACAGCAACAAAAGUUGUUGUUGCUGCUGUUGCGCUGUCGCGGUGCGAUCGAUCCUUGUUGGCUACGGGUCUUGCAUGCGUGCCCGUGCUCUGGCGGCCAACUAAAUAAUGUGGAACAUGAUGUGCGACGUGAUGCCCACAAUAUCGGAAGACAGCAUAUCGCAGCGUUCCUCGCAAUUCAGCGGUGAAGAUGCUAACUUUGAGCAGCUCAUGGUCUCCAUGCUCGAUGAGCGCGACAAGCUUAUGGACAGUUUGCGCGAGGCGCAGGAGCGACUCGGCGAAACGGAAGUGAAGCUACACGAUGUCGAAAAGGAGCGCGACAGUUUGCAGCGUCAAAUCAAUGCGAACUUGCCGCAGGAAUUUGCCACGCUAACCAAGGAGUUGACGCAGGCGCGAGAAACGUUGCUAGAACGUGACGAAGAGAUUGGUGAACUGAAAGCAGAACGCAACAAUACAAGGCUACUGCUGGAGCAUUUGGAGUGUCUAGUGUCGCGACAUGAACGUUCGCUGCGCAUGACAGUCGUGAAGCGACAGGCGGCCGCCCAGAGCGGCGUCUCCAGUGAGGUGGAGGUGCUGAAAGCCCUCAAAUCACUGUUCGAGCACCACAAGGCACUGGACGAAAAGGUGCGCGAGCGUCUGCGUCUCUCGAUCGAAAAGAACAAUGUGCUGGAGGAGGAGCUGAACACAACCAAAGAGGAGUUGACUCAAUACAAAACGGGCGCCAUUCCAGCCAACUCUGGCGUCAACUCCACUGGCAUUGUCAGCGGUGAGAAUGGCAUUAAAGAGAAGCUGGCAAGCGGUGGCGGCAGCGGAUGCAACAGCAGCGUUGGAGGCGGCGGUGUCAAUGGCGAUGCCACUGAACUCAACGAAUAUGCGGCCAAAACGCACGAGCUGCAAACGAUCAUCGAGAAGCAGACCGCAGAGCUUUCUCAAUGGCAGCGACGCGUCUCCGAUCUGAACAACAAAAUCAAUGAGCUGGAGGAGAAUAUGUCACGCGUGCAAAAGGAGCAUUGCAAGGCGCAGGAUCAGUGCUCAAAGCUGCAGCGAGACUUGCGCGAAAACGUUGCACAAAAGGAAGAUCAGGAGGAGCGCAUAACCACGCUGGAGAAGCGUUACUUGAAUGCUCAACGCGAGUCGACGUCGCUGCACGAUCUAAACGAGAAAUUAGAGCAGGAAUUGCGGCACAAGGAGGCGCAGCUUAAGCUGCACGAAGAGAAGAUCAGCGCGAUCGAAGAGAAACUCGAACUAUCCGAGCAAAAGUUAGCGCAACAUGCCAAACUGCAGCCGGACAUGGAGGAGCAGCUAAAGGCGCGCAUGGAGGCAUUGACAAAGGUAGGAAAUAAGGCUCAAGAACGUCAUGGUUCGGCUGAGGAUCGCAUACGGGGCUUGGAAACGAAUUUGGAUGAGAAGAGCGCCGAGGUGGUAAGACUGAAUCAGCGUCUCAAGAUGAAUGAGGAGCACAACUUACGCCUUUCCUCAACGGUGGAUAAACUGCUCUCCGAGUCCAACGAGCGACUCGAAGUGCAUCUCAAGGAGCGCAUGCGUGCCCUCGAUGAGAAGAACGCUUUAACGCAGGAGCUGGAGAAGGCACGCAAGGUAGCUGAGGAGCUGCAUCACGAGAAGAGUGAAAUCAUGAAGGAGCUGUCGAAGACACGCCUGGAAAUCGAGAAUUUCAAGCGGCAGUUGCUGCAGCAAGAGAUUGCCUACAACAUUCAGCAAACUGAAGCUCUCACCCGCAGCCUCUCGCCCAGCAGCGUGGUGGACGGUCGGGAUGGACCUUUUACGCGCAGUGCAUCGCACGCCAGCUUUGAGACGCAUUCGCUGCGGCGCCAAAGCAAAUCGCGUCUGUCCGAAGAGAAUGCUUUGGCCCGUUCCAUGGCCGAGCAGGAGUGGGAGAAGCUACAGAUGCAGCAGGUGGCGCAUGCCCAACAGCAAGCCUACGAGCUGGUUGCCAGCGUUGCCGAUUGCGACGAGAACGAUGCGCUGUAUGCCGCUGCAACGGCGGACAUGAUGUCGCCGUCUGGACAUACGGAUGCCCAAACGCUGGCCAUGAUGCUGCAGGAGCAGUUGGAUGCCAUCAACAAUGAGAUACGUCUCAUACAGGAGGAAAAGCAAUCGACAGAGGCUCGGGCCGAGGAGCUGGAAUCACGCGUUGGUAGUCUCGAGCAUGUCAACCUGUUGGCCCGUGGACGCUCCAUGGACAGGCAGAGUCCAGAGAUGAGCGGUCGCAGCACGCCAAAUAGUCCACAGCGCGAUUUCAUGCAGAAAUAUCAUACGCUUAACUUGCCUGUGCUGUCCAGUGAUGCGUCGCGCGAGGAGUUGCACGGCGGCAUGUCCACCACCGGCGAUUCGAGUUCUGGUGGAGCUGCUUCGCCAUUGACCGCACGCUCGAUGCGUUUGGAGCGCGUCGCCCAGGCGUUGGCUCACAGCCAGGAGGAGCUGCGUCGUCGUACGAUGGCGCCAGCUGCGCCACCUAACCUCAGCUCACAUAUGGCAUUGAGCAGCCACAGCUAUGGUCUGUCACCACUCAGCUCCCGUUAUGGCAGCCAAGAGUCGCUGCGUCACUACAACACGAUGGGUUCCAUGUCCAUGCUGCAGACGCCCACAUCGGGCGUAUCGCGGGAGGCAGCUGCCGCCGCGGCUGUGCAAAAGAAAAAGGGUAUCAAGUCUUCGUUGGGUCGCUUCUUUAGCAAAAAGGAGAAGGUCAAGGGUGUUAAGGAUACGUUGCCAGAUGGUUCGCCCAGCAUGAUGUCCAUAGGCAAUUUAUCGAUUGGUCUGAGCGAAGUUGACUCCAAUUACGAUGUCAUGAGCAUGACGGGUGGCAUGAUGCCUCGCAUUGCCAGCGCCCAGGGCUCGAAGAUCAGCAGCGUGGACUAUGGCAGGCAAAAGAAAGACCACGAUUAUCGCAAUGAUUUGCUUGGAGAGGCCAUGAAAGCGGGCACGCCAUUCGCCCUGUGGAACGGACCCACCAUUGUCGCCUGGCUGGAGCUGUGGGUGGGCAUGCCAGCCUGGUAUGUGGCUGCAUGUCGCGCCAAUGUCAAAUCUGGCGCCAUAAUGAGCGCAUUAAGCGACACAGAAAUACAGCGGGAAAUAGGCAUAAGUAAUCCACUGCACAGGCUGAAGCUGCGUUUGGCCAUACAGGAAAUGGUUUCACUAACUUCCCCCUCAGCGCCGCAAACUUCUCGCACCACGCUGGCGUUUGGAGAUAUGAAUCACGAGUGGAUUGGCAACUAUUGGUUGCCGGGCCUGGGACUGCCGCAAUAUCGCACAACCUUCAUGGAGUGUCUAGUCGAUGCACGCAUGUUGGAUCAUUUGACCAAGAAGGAUCUGCGGGGACAGCUGAAAAUGGUGGACAGCUUUCAUCGCACCAGUUUGCAAUACGGCAUCUCGAUGCUCAAACGCUUAAACUACGAUCGCACAGAGCUGGAGCACAGGCGUAAGAUGAGCGAGAAUGGUCUGUGCGAUGUGCUCGUGUGGAGCAAUGAACGUGUCAUACGCUGGGUCAGCAGUAUAGGAUUGAAGGAGUAUGCCAACAACUUGCUUGAGUCCGGUGUGCAUGGCGCAUUGAUGGCGCUGGAUGAGGGCUUCGAUGCCAAUGCCAUGGGCUUGGCUCUACAAAUACCCACGCAGAAUGCACAGGCUCGCCAAAUACUCGAUACGGAGUUUAGAAACUUGUUACAAAUUGCUACAGAUCGCAGACCAGAUAGUGAGCAGCGUAGCGCAUCCUGAUGUAGUUAUAGUCCGCCCACAACAUCGGUGGAUGAGUAGACUCAAUCGAAGAACUUCUAAUGAAAUUGAAAAGUAAAACAUGAGAAAUGAGAAAGAACUAAGAGUGUCAGCCUAGCGACAAUUUUUCCUAAGCGCCGCUGUUGGACAAAGAACUAAAUAUGAUGGAGAAGAAUAUAUAAAUGAAUGAAGGAAACAUACAGAAAUAAGAAAGUAAAGCAGACAAACUAAGCCACAAAAUUCUAACAAGAAAGACGCAACGCAAGAGACUCCCAGGCUCAGAGAAUACUGACUGGGCCCCCCGCCCCAGCAUACAGCAUAAUGAUGAACGUCUAAUCUAUUUAUAUAAAUACACAUAGAUACAUACACAACAGAAAAACAGAAACAAAAACAAAAAAAACACACAAACAACACAGACAACACAUAGCAAACAAACACGAACAGACUCACACAGACACCCGCAUAUAGUCAUAUAAUCCAUAACAAGACAAUGUAUACAAGACAUAGCACAUACUCUAUAUAGGAAAUAUAUAAUACAGAUACAUACAAUUCGUGUAUGUAGGAAUGUAAUUUGCAUGAGCGCCCUGCUGCUGCCUCUUCAGCUGCUGCAUUAGGCAUGUACAAGUUUUAGAAGCUAAUCAUUUUGUAAUUUGUUUACUUUUUUUUAACUAUUAAUAUUAUUAUUAAUAUUUUUUAACAAAGUGACAUAUAUGAAUAUACAUACAUAUAAUUUAAUAUUGUAGAUGUAAUUGUAAUUGGGCUUGCAAUAGACUAACAGUAUUUUGUUUUAGCUGGACAGAAUUGACACAGAGACGGAGAUUGAUUGAUUGAUGCGUGCUUUGAACCAAAUUUUGUAACCAAACUUGAUUGUUAUAUAAUUUUUUAAUGACAUUAUGUACAGUUUAAUUUUGUUUAAUAUUGUACUCUUUACAUAUGACAUUAUGGCAUGUUUUUUUAUUUGUUUGUUUUUAGUUCUCUUUUUUAUUUUUUGUUUUGUUGGUAGUUGUAAUGCACAAGGCGCUCCCAUUUAGUUUAUUUCAACUAAUGAACAACAACAACAACAACAUGCACAACAAUCAGGCAUAUAGCAAACAGCUGCAUAUACAUACAAAUAUAUACGCCUAGUUUAAUAUACACACAUAUAAAGCUCACUUAUACAGUAAAUAUAUAAAUAAAUAUUUAUAUAUAUACAAUACACACAUAUAUAUAUAUAUAAAUGUAUAAUUAACAUUAUCAAGCAUACGUGUAACUAACAUUGAAAGUAUUAUAGAGCAAAGUGAAAUGAAAUUAAUGAAGAAAGUUAAAGCAAAAGUCGCAAGCGCCCAUUUAUCAACUAUUUACAUAUGAAUGAAAUCGAAAUAACAUGAAGCUUUAAAGGCAAAUGAAAAGAAGAAAAUUUAGUGUUUGGCCUUUGCUUUUAUUGAAUUGAUAAAAGAUACCACUUUUAGGCAUGCUACAAAAUUAAUAUUUACGUAAUAAUUUGACAACUAUUGUAAUUGGCAAAAGUUGAAGCUCGAAUUGCAAUCCCAAUACCUUGGCUUAACUUUAUAAAUAUGUAUGAAAUAUUCACAAAGCAUAUCCAUUGUUUUUCAAAACAAAAACUCUCCUUUCCUUAAUUUUAUGUUGUUAAUUUAGUUGAUACGCAUACCCAAACUAAGGCAGCAAAUAAAUUAAAUGAUUUUUUAAUUAAUGCAAUUAGUUCAUUCAUACAACCACAAAUCACUAACAAAACAAAAUACAUUAUGUACUUAUAUGAAAAAUGUUUUAACGAAGCACACAAACUGCCUGUUUUGUAAAACAUCUUAUUAGUUUUAUGCAAUGGGGUAUUACGAAUAAGUUUUUUUUUUAAUAUCAUUUGAACAAAAACCAAAACUGAAACUAACGCUUUGUCUUUAAGUACAUACUUAUAUAGAAACUAUAAACAAACAAAACAAAAAAAAAACUUAAUUUUCAACUGUAUUAGCAAAAUUAAUAACAAAUGCCUAAAAACAACUACAGCUAAGACAAUAUCUAAUCGUCAACAGGAUACAUUUGACUAUAUAUGAAAAACUAAACUACAAAAAUAACUCCAACACUUUCUGAUACAAUAUUUUAACAUAUUCAGAAUUAGAGUUCGCUUCAAUAAUUUAUUUCAUUUUCUUUAUUCUUAAUAUUAAAAAAGAUAAUUGAGUCUCGUAAAACUUCUUUUAGUUUUUUAACAAGUAAAAUACUUUCUGUUGAUGCUUAGCGUAUUUCAUAUUGUACGUAAUGGUAGCAUUAAAAUUCAAAAAAUUAAUCUAAAUUUAUAAAUAACUAAUGGGAAAAACUAAGUUAAUUUGAACAAAAUAAAAUUGGUAUAAUUGUUAACUUUUGUUGAAAAUACAUAACAAAAAAAAUGAAGAAAGAAAUACACUUAACUAAAGUAAAACUAAAUACAAAAUAUACAAUCUAUUAUUAUACAAGGAAACAAACAACAUACAAUAUGUACAUAUAUUU